CGGUUCGAUGUUAGUGCGAUAUUUCUGUUGACGGGACUAGUUCAUUACUAGCCUAGUUUGUGGUUUAUUUCUAACGUAAUGUCUCCACAAGCGUGACUGGAAUGAGUUUGUAUAGAAACCGUUUUGUUCGUUUGUGAAUUGAUUUUCCCCCGCCCAGUGAUCUUGGAGUUGAUCAACUGAUUGACAAUGGAUACGAGACUAUUAGAGAUCAACGGCCGUGGAAUCAAUAUCCGGACGGGAUCGAUUACCCCCAGGAGGUUCAUGGGAGUUGUGAGUCGAAGUGCACCUAUGACAAGAUGUGUCGGCCAACCCAACAUGUCUCUGUCCUAUAAGAGGAACAUAUGCACCCCUGGUGAUAUCAAAACUCUGAGUGUGGACGAUAUAUACCUUCUAGCAGAAAAAGAAAGGGCAAGGUCAUCCUACCGGAACCGCCGCCAUGUUCUAGAACUUGCGCAGAAGGAUGUGCGCCGCGAUGACGGUCUGUCAAGACCACACUCCAGUGCCAGCCGCAUCCUCCACAAGCAACAGAGCCUCACCCCAUCAAUCGACCCCAGGGAUGGAAGAAGCCGAAUAAGUUCAGCCCAAUCCACGCUCAAGCCGAACACUCCAGACCCGGACGAUGAACUCCUGGAUGAGAUGAGGUCUUCUCACUCCUGUGAAGUCAUGGGACCUAGCGCUUGUGAGGAGUGCCGGAAGUCCAAGUCACGUGCCAAGAGUAGGGAUCAUGCAGAUGCCUCGUUUCCAAGUCUGAGGGUGACUCAGCAGAAUAUCACCACAUCUACCCUGGUGAAGCGUUUAUACCCUGGGAUGAGUAAUACCGAUAUUCAAACAAAAAUAGCCCGUGGUGAAAUAGCACGGUCUCACCUCCCCAAGGCUUUACAGUGCCAUCCCGUCCCUCAUAAGAAACCAGACGAAGAUGACGAUUCAACGCGUAGAGAGAAACUCAAACAAAACGAAAAAACUGCUUUUACGAUAGCCCGGCUUAAACACAAGCUGAAGAGGGGUACGCCGAGCACCCCAAUGUACUUCCAUAACAUCCGGGACCUUAAUUACAAAAUUAUGUCGGGAAAGGUCCCGCGAGAGUUAGGAUUCAGUAACGUGUCAAAAUCCCACGCCAGUAAGAAAAACGAGACAAGGCGAGAAUCCACUGUCGAUUCCUUGUUCCCUGUUUUCGUGAGUCCGCGAAAAGUCACAAUGUAUAAGGAGCCAUCGUACAAGACAUAUUUCGGGCCCCCUUUACUGCCGAGAGCUAGCCAGAAACCUGAACCCUCUUUUUUUGCGGGUUCUGACUUUGAAUACAAGCUUCCUGAAAGACUUCCUGAUAAGUUGGUGUUUGUAGACACCAUGAGGCAACGUCUCCACUCCGCCAUCUCUCUUGCCUCCUCCGCCGUCAGCGACGACACCCACGACACCGAGUCACAGUCUAUUGAGAAACUAGAAAUUACCGAAUAGUCUUUUGACGUCAACGGUCCUGGCAGUGUGAUCUCUGAUUUUUUAAAGAUGCGCUAAUUCUGCCAAAGAAGAAGUCAGUUAUUUUUCAUGAAUCAGAAACGAGCGUGGAAGCAUUAUAAUUUUGAAUAAACAGUGUGAUGUUGAACGUAACCAUCACACCUUACACUU